GGAGAGAGCCAAUCAGAACCAAGUCGUCGGAAGAACCGACCGUUUAUAAGGACACAGCGUCGUCCAUUGAAGAAGAUUCUGGAAAACAAACGAACCCUCUGAAGGGAUCGACCCCCAUGGCGUACGUCGAGCGAGGUGUUGUGAAGUCCAAGCGGUCAAUAUGGAGACUGAGAACCAUCACUGAUUUCUUCUGGGCCAUUGUUAAUUUCAUUGGCGUCUUUUUUGCAACUUUGUUCUCGAUGGAAAAGUCAGAUGCCUACAGGAAAGGCGCUGUUGGCAAGAAAUGGGAUGACGGCCCAGGUGGCCCUGGAAGCGGACCUGGUGGUGGUGGUGGUGGUGGUGGUCCUCGUCGUCCUCCACGUGGAUUAGACAAUGUUAGAGGAAUUGACCAUAAUUCCCUGCCUGCUUGUGGCUCCUGCUGUGGUGGCUAAGUCUCAUGGAUAUCAAUUCUUAUGCAUCUGCUGUCAUAUCGUAAAUCCUAAGUUUGUAUGAUCAUGAAAUGAAUUUUCAAGUUUUUAUGUCAAUAUAUUUAUACCUGUAAGCAAGAGUAAACUUUGAGUGACCAUAUUUGUUCCCUAUAAAGCAUUCUACUUUUUUCUGAAAUGGUUUAAAAGUAUAAUAUUGUUGCAUGUUUUACUAAAAUGCCAAGAGAUUG